AUGACCUCGACCACCUCCUCGUGGGCUUUCAACCUCCCCCCUCUCUUUGCUUUCCCUCCCUCCUUUCCAGGGUCUUUGCGUGCUAUGGCUGACUUCGCCUGCUCUGUCUGCGGUGCCAUUUCGUAUUCGGCCAAUUACGACGACGAGCAAGUCUGCAAUGUGUGCGGCACGCUUUCGCAGCUCACCGUGGCCGAGUCUCAUGAUCUUGCGGACUCAUCGACGGCUGCUGUUGCCCGUGCAGGGAGAAACAUCGUGUCAGCAACGCGGGGACCGCAGGUCCUGUCCCAGAUCCUCCCCUCCCUCCGCCCCUCCCUCCGCCCCAU